CCACCGCCCCCGACUCCGCCCUCCGGACGCCGUCGCCGGGGCGAUCGGGCGCCAAGGCCCCGCCCCCGCCGCCCGGGAGCGUCAAGAUGGUGGCCGCGCUGCCGCAGACCGGGCCUGAUUUCCCUACAUUGUCCCAGGACCGUCCCAGACUGGUCUUCCCAGAUUCCUAUCUGCACCAGCCCGCCUCACGUUGCGCCCGCUCUUGUUGCCACGAACUCACCUAGGUCCGGAGUUAUUUUAUGUUUUCCUACUUCCCCUUCACUGGUUCCAACUCUGGACCAAACACUGUGCUGGGCCCUGUUGGGCUACGAAGAAGUUCCGGGUCUGCCCUCCCUAAAGGUUGUCCAUCUGCAUGGCGGCUGGCGUUUGUGAAGAGAUGGUUAAGAAGACACUCUCAGCAUGGUUCAGGAAUAAGUGGCUGCGGUGGCAUUGAAGGCUGAUCUUCCCCGAAAAUACCAAAGAAAAGUCCUGAGCUGGCGUCUUGAUACUUUUUUUCCCAUUGAGGAUUAAUUUACCGUGCCUUUUUUUUUUUUUUUUUUUUUUCAAUUUCUCUACAUCCUGCACCUUCUCCCACCAAGAAACAAACUGUGAAUUUAGGGUUGGGGAAAAAAAAAGGAGUACCCAGUGACUGCACCAAGUUUUAGCACAGCACAGCGUCUGUCUCUUUGGGACAAGUUAGGGAAUUCUAGGGCCGGCUGAAGCACAAGUAAGUGCUGGCUUGCUGUGAAAGCCCGGUCGGGGGAGCCAGCAGGCUAUUGUCAUGGUAAAUUUCACUAGGAGUGGAAGAAAGGUUGGUCAUCAAUCAAAAAACGAAGUAUGCCUUGGCAUUUUUGCAAUUUUCUCACUAGAUCGCAAGAUGCUUUUCCUUUUCUCCGAAAGAUACACUGAAACAUUUUUUAUGUGUGUGUUUGUGAAAUCAAAGCCAUCUUCAAAGUGACCGCGAAGGAAGCUUUUACAAACGGAGCCGGGAGACACUGACCGCUGGGGGCUGCGGUGAGAACCCGGAAUUCCCGCAGGAGGAUUUACACUCGGAAAAGCGCAAGUGAGAAAUCCUGCCGGGUCCAGCUGGGGAGAACAUGUUCCAUCUGGAAGAAUCCGUGUCUCCAGACCUCUCGGCUGGCCUGCGUGCGGCGUGGAGCGUGGGCUAACUUGUGCCUGCCUGGGUCUGCGUCAGACACUUUUUCACUUGCGGGAUCAUGUUUUUGGCGAGAUGAGGACCACGGCGAACUGCGAGGAGCCCAGGGCCGCGCUGGGCCCGGCCCCGGCCCCCCAGGGAAGGUACAUCUACCUGGAAGCCUUCCUGGAGGGAGGGGCUCCCUGGGGGUUCACUCUGAAAGGUGGCCUGGAGCACGGAGAACCAUUGAUCAUCUCUAAGAUCGAAGAAGGGGGCAAAGCCGACUCGCUCAGCUCAAGACUGCGGGCCGGGGACGAAGUCGUGCACAUCAAUGAGGUUGCGCUGAGCAGCUCCAGAAGGGAGGCCGUGUCCCUGGUGAAAGGAUCCUUCAAGACCCUGAGGCUGGUGGUGCGCAGAGAUGCGUGUGCAGACCCAGGCCAUGCGGACACUGGUGUGCCUAACUCCCUCAUCCCGGAGCCCCGCGCCUCUGAGCCCCAGCACAAGAAAGCAGCGUGGUCAGGAGGGGUUAAACUUCGGCUGAAGCACAGGCGUGGUGAACCUGCAGGCCGCCCCCACUCGUGGCAUACGACCAGAUCUGGGGAGACCCGAGCCGAUGCCAGCAUGAUGCAGGUAUCUCAGGGCACGAUUGGUCCUCCUUGGCACCAAAGCUACCAUUCCAGCUCCUCUACAAGUGACCUCUCCAGCUAUGACCACGCUUAUCUGAGGCGGAGCCCUGACCAGUGCAGCUCCCAGGGCAGCAUGGAGAGCCUGGAGCCCAGUGGCGGGUACCCAGCCUGCCAUCUUCUUUCCCCUGCCAAGUCCACCAGCAGCAUUGACCAGCUCAGCCACCUGCAUAACAAGAGAGACUCCGCUUACAGCUCCUUCUCCACCAGCUCCAGCAUCCUGGAGUACCCACCCCCUGGCAUCUCUGGCCGGGAGCGUUCAGGCUCCAUGGACACGACGUCUGCACGAGGUGGCCUCCUAGAAGGGAUGAGGCAGGCAGACAUUCGCUACGUCAAGACAGUCUAUGACACCCGGCGGGGAGUCUCGGCAGAGUACGAGGUGAACUCUUCCGCCCUGCUGCAUCCAGCCCGGGAGACCCGAGCACCAGCAGAUGGCCAGGGCUAUGAGAAAUGGCACAGUGCUCCCCGGGGCAAGGGAGCGCCACCCCCUUCCUGGAGCCAGCCGUGCCCCGGCUCCUUGGAGACUGCCGCUGACAACCCGCCCCUGAAAGCGGGCGCACCGCUGCCACCAGCUCGGAGUGACAGCUACGCGGCCUUUCGGCAGCGGGAGCGCCCCAGCUCCUGGUCCAGCCUAGAGCAGAAACGGUUCUGCCGGCCUCAAACAAACUCGGGCUCCCUAAAAUCUACAUUCGGAGAGGAACAGCUGCACACGGUGCUAGAGAAGAGUCCAGAGAACAGCCCUCCCGCGGUGCCCAAGCACCACUACACCCAGAAGGCCCAGCCUGGCCAGCCGCUGCUGCCCACCGGCAUCUACCCCGUGCCUUCCCUGGAGCCACACUUCGCCCAGGUGCCUCAGCCUCCUGUGAGCAGUAACGGCGUGCUCUACCCUGUGCUGGCCAAGGAGACAGCACACACAGCCCCUCGGGGGGCAGGCGGCAAGGCGGCCUCCUUUGAUGAGAAUGGGAACCAAAAUGGGGCUAGCAGGCCUGGGUUUGCCUUCUACCAGCCUCUCGAACAUGAUCCACUGUCCUCCGUGGAGAGGAAACCAGAAACUGCAGCCAAAUGCGUUCCCUACAAGGUCCAUUUCUCUUCAGUGCCUGAAAACGACGAGGACAUCUCCCAGAAGAGAGCUCUGGCCCCUCCCCAAGGCAGCAGCGCCUAUCCCAGUGAGAGAAAGGUCACUCACGGCCACCAGCCAUGUUCUAAUCACUACGGCCUCCCAUCCCCUCUGGCUCCAGUCCGGCCUGUGGGGGAGGACAAGCCAUCUUCCAGGCCCUCAGAACCCUGGGAGGCUGACUUCCGGGAAGACUACAAUGCCAACUUCCGGCGCAGGCUGGACAGAGAAGGCCUAGGCCAGGGCCUGUCCACCAGCUUUGGCAAGACCCUGUCAGCCUUCUCCUCUCUCCAGAACAUUCCUGACAGUCUAAGAAAGCAAAGCAGCCUGGAUCUAGGAGGGGGAGCGGAGGAAGGCGCCGGUGGCAGGCUCACCUGUGCAGCCAACGCCACGGUGGAAGACCCUGGAAGGAGGACCCUACCGGAGCACAGGGGCUCCCUGGACAGGUCGGUGUCCUAUCCGAGGCCAGAGGGGAGAACCAGUGCCUCGGCGUGCUUCCACAGUUCAGACCCGAGAUCCGGAGAGCCGCCGAGCCCAACACACCAGCAGACACCCAGUCUGGGCCGGAGGAGGCUCAGCUCCGGCAGCGCCUCUGCCCUGCAGGGCCUUCAGUACGGGAAGCCCCACAGCUCGGUGCUGGAGAAGGUGUCCCAGAUCGAGCAGCGAGAGCUGGGGAGCCAGAGAGCCCCGAGUGUGGGCAGCUCCGGCUACAGCCAUCACCACAGGCCCAACAGGACCGUCCCAAGUUCCAAUCCUUCCGCGAAUGGCCUGGAGGAGACAAAAGCCGACGUCCGGUUCUCCGAGUCUGCUGAGUCCUUGGGUAACGGGGAGCUACAUUUUGGAAACGGGGAGCCCCGGCUGGAAGAGAGUUCGUGGCAGCUGAGGAGGGGCAGCGCGGGGGGCCGAGGCCCUGCACCCUGGGCCCGGGAGCCCCCGAGGCCCGACGCCCGCCUGCUCCGCAGCCAGAGCACCUAUCAGCUCUAUAGCGAGGCCGAGGAGGAAGAGGAGGCCUCCUGGCGGGAGGCUCGGCCCAGCACGCCCGAGUCGCCCCCACUGGACGCCCCCUUCAGCCGCGCCUACCGCAACAGCAUCAAGGACGCGCAAUCCCGCGUCCUGGGGGCCACCUCCUUCCGGCGCCGCGACCUCGAGCUGGGGGCGCCCGGGGCGUCCAGGCCCUGGCGGCCGCGGCCGGCCUCGGCCCACGUCGGGCAGCGCAGCCCCGAGGCGCCUGCGCCCGCCCACGCCAACGCCCACGCGGCCGCGUCGCCGCACACGCCGCGGGAGCGCCACAGCGUGAGCCCGGCUGAGGGCGACGCGGGCCGGCCCGCGCUCCAGGCCUCCCGGCGAGGGGCGCGCCGGCGCCUGACCCCCGAGCAGAAGAAGCGCUCCUACUCGGAGCCCGAGAAGAUGAACGAGGUGGGCGUCUCGGAGGAGGCCGAGCCGGCGCCCGCGGGCCCGCCCAGGAAAGGGCUGCAUUUCCCCGAGAGCACCGUGGCCGACCGGCGCCGCGUCUUCGAGCGCGACGGAAGGGCCUCCUCGACGCUCAGCCUGUCGGGGCCCGAGCUGAAGCAGUUCCAGCAGAGCGCCUUGGCCGACUACAUCCAGCGCAAGACGGGCCGCAGGCCUUCCGCGGCCGGCGGCCCCCAGGAGCCCGCGCCGCUGCGGGAGCGCGCCCAGAGCACCUACCUCGCGCCGGGCCCCGCAGCGCUCGACGGCCCGGGGCUCGCCUCGGCCACCAGCCUGAGCUCGCUGCGGGAGCCGGCCCCGCAGCCCCGCAGGGAGGCCUCGGAGCUGCAGCUGCGGGGCCCCCGGGAUCGCAGCGGCUCCUUCGCCGGCGGUCGCCUCCUCGGGGAGCGACGACGCGCGGACCCCCAGACCCCGAGAGAGCUGCUGAGUGGCGCUCGCGGUGGACCCAGGGGGAUCCAGUGGCUGGACGGGACCCCGGGGGGGCCGUCUUACACGGGCUCCACGGCCGGCAGGGCCGGGAAGUCCGCGUCAGCCGAGGAUCUGCUGGAGCGCUCGGACAUGCUGGCCGCCCCGGUGCACGUGAGGUCCCGCUCGUCGCCCACCGCAGACCAGAAGCGCCAGGAUGUGCUUCUGGGAGAAGACAGUGGCUUCGAUCUGGUGAAGGACCCCUGUUACCUGGCUGGCGCUGAGUCCAGGUCACUGAGCUUUUCAGAACGAGGCCGCGAAGAGAGGCCCGGGCUCACCCACCAGCCUACCCCGCGCUGGGGCGGCUCAGGCUGCAGAGCCAGCGUUGGUGCCUCAGCGCCCCGCGAGUGUCCCGAGGCCGGGGAUCAGCAAAGGCACAUGGGCAGGGGGCCGUGCCCCCAGCCGCUGCCCACAGCCGCGCAAGGACAGCCGCUCGACCCCAGGCCCGGCCCGCCGGCCUCGCGCAGCUCCCCGCAGCCUUCACCUGUGCCCUCCGGUUACUGCACCCAGGCCGCUGCCGACCAGCAGGCGGGAUGGCAGCCUCUCCCACCCCACGCCCCCGCUGCGGCCCACAGGAGCGCCCGACGCCCAGAGCCUGGGGGCGAGGAGGGCCCGAGGAGGAGGGCGUCGCCGCCCCACUGGCCCCCUGCUGCCCGGGCGACGUGGGCCCUGGAGGGCCGCGAGGACAGCCUUCCCGGGGACCCGAAGCGCUGUGGGAACCAGCGGAGUCUGCCGAGCUCCUGCAGCACCUCUGACGCGGGCUCGCCCACCGGGAGAGUCUCGCUGCGGAUCUCCGAGUCAGCCCUGCGGGCCUCCCCGCCGCCCCGGGACAACGGGGACGAUGACGACGUGUUUGUGAAGGACUUGCACGCCAGGGCCGCCUCUAGCCCCGCGUUUGACGAUCUCCCCCCGCCGCCACCGCCUCCGCCGCCGCCGCCUCCGCUGAGCCAGGAAACCCCGCCGAACGGCGCCGACGACUUCCCCCCGCCGCCGCCCCCGCACGUGGCCGAUGCGGCGCCCACGGACAGCCCCGGCAGCUCCAGCAAACUGUCCAAGGUGACAGUGACAAGGGAGAGGCCUGUAGCUGGUGCAGCCCAUCUGGCGGAGAGUCAGAGACUGGACUCCAGACCCCACAUUUCGGCCCCAGGGUCAGGGCCCAGCGAGUCCACCCUGCCCUCCACUGCUGGGGGUCAGCCCUUACCCACUCCGCCCCUUGGCCAGCAGCCAAGUCCGGUGCAGCCUCCUCCCACCUGGACUCAGAGCCUCAGCCACGAGGCAGCCAGCGGAACUCAGGGUUUAGAAGAGGAAGGCGGUGCCCAUGGCCAGAAGACCUCAGAAGACAUCAGAACAGAGGCUCUGGCCAAGGAGAUCGUCCACCGAGACAGGUCCCUGGCCGACAUUUUGGAUCCGGACUCCAGGAUGAAGACAACGAUGGACCUCAUGGCGGGGCUGUUUCCCCGCGAGGCUCACGUGCUGAAGGAGAGCGGCGCGAAGAGGAAGGCCGUGCCCAGGGCCGUCGGCGAAGGCAAGAGGAGUGAAGACCGGGAGGUGGCGGGCGUGCUGGCCGCCUGCCCUGCUGCCUACUACAACGUGUCUGCACCCAAGGCUGAGCUGCUGAACAAAAUCAAAGAGAUGCCCGAGGAGGUGGCCGAGGCCGAGGAGCAGGUGGACGUCAAUGAGAAAAAGGCUGAGCUCAUUGGAAGCCUCACCCAAAAACUCGAGACCCUCCAGGAAGCCAAGGGGAGUCUGCUCAUGGACAUCAAGCUCAACAACGCCUUGGGGGAGGAGGUGGAGGCGUGGAUCAGCGAGCUCUGCAAGCCCAACGAGUUUGACAAGUACAAGAUGUUCAUUGGGGACCUGGACAAGGUGGUGAACCUGCUGCUGUCGCUCUCGGGGCGCCUGGCCCGCGUUGAGAACGUCCUCAGCGGCCUCGGAGAGGACGCCAGUAACGAAGAAAGGAGCUCUCUGCACCAGAAGAGGAAGAUCCUGGCCAGCCAGCACGAGGACGCCCGCGAGCUCAAGGAGAACCUGGACCGCCGCGAGCGCGUGGUGCUGGACAUCCUGGCCAACUACCUGUCGGAGGAGCAGCUCCAGGACUACCAGCACUUCGUGAAGAUGAAGUCCACGCUCCUCAUCGAGCAGCGGAAGCUGGACGACAAGAUCAAGCUGGGCCAGGAGCAGGUCAAGUGCCUGCUGGAGAGCCUGCCCUCGGGCUUCACCCCCAAGGCUGGGGCCCCGGCCCUGCCCCCGGCCCUCGCCGGCGAGCCUCCCCUCUAGGACGCCAGCCACACCGUCCCUUCCCUGAGCACUGUUUAAUCUGAGAGGCUGUUGCAGCACAGACGUUCAGACUGAAUGGGUGAUGGGUUCUCUGGGUGACAGGAAGUUUCCUCUCUAGCCCUCCCGAGAGCUUGAGUGCUGCUGGGAACGCGGCCUCUCGAUUGCUCUGUGGUAGGAGGAACGGUAACGACACCGGGAGACCCCAGGGUGGCGGGGGGUGUCGAUGGAUCCUUUAGUUUCUAACAAGCUGAGGCAACGUAGACCAGCAUGUGUCGCCCUUGGGCAUGUCCCCACGGCGGCCUUCCUGGCCCGGGGUUGGGGGAAGCAGUGUGUCCUGGCCACAGGUGCCAGUCCACAGAAGCAGGGUCUGCAACACAGAGCCUUAAAAAGACACACUCGCGAAGACAUGAGCCUUGCUGUUGUUAUUUAUAUUUUUUCAAGAUGACAGAGAUCAUUGUGUUUGUGUGCUAACCACUCACUUGAUUCAGCUUUGUGGUGGACCUAGAGUUCCGUCUCAGCUUUGUAUUUUGUGAAAACCUUAAUGAAGAAUUCCAAAGAUAGCCGCACCCCCAGCGUGGAGCCUCGCUUCUUCGUUACACGCUUGGCCUCUCCGGCUUUGCUGUACAAACACCAGGGGACGUCCACGCCUGGCUGCGUCCUUGGGGGGAGGAGUCCCAGUGUCUACUGCUGCCUGCUCUGCCACAGGAGGGAGGCUCUGUGCCGCAGGUCAGCCCAGCGUUCCGCGUGCUUCCUGGUGGUGGUGGGCAGGGCCGUGAAACCCCAAAUCCACAGUCAGGCUGUUUGCAUGACACUUUCCCAACCCCAUUGGCUACAUUCUUGAUUAGAAAUUCUCUCAGCUCCUGAAGACUGAUUGUGCACAGUCUUGUGUAGGUGACUCCUAAGCUCUGGCUGUAAGCUUCGUAAAACAGACGGGAAGUGCAAGGCAGGCGGGGGCUGGCCUCCGCUGUCACCGCCGGUGGAGGUGGCGGUGGGCUUGUACUUGGAGCCCGUGGCACAUCCCAGGCCGCGCCUGGGUGGGCUAGUUGGUUUCUUCGUGUGUCUGAUCCGUGGCUAAUCCCUUUCUUACUCGGGUUUGCAGAUACCAGGCAGCCAGCCAGAGUGAAACUUUCAGGGAGUCCGAGGACAAGCAUCCCCCAUGCCCUUGGUUUGACUCCGUCCAUUUUAGUGAAAUUUUAUCUUCUGGUUGAGAAUAUCCAAACUGUAGUUUUGGUCCCUAGUACCUUUGUCCUCUGAUUGCCGUAGAAACGAGAGACCACCCAGAAGUUUCUUGGGAGCGGUCAGCCAGCACUGCUGCCUUGUUCGUGGCUUAUGCGCUCCGUGACUGCACGGAUAGAAUUGAAGAAGGAACCUUGGUUCCCCAGGAGUGUCUUCGAAGCUGCCGUCCCAUACGGAGCCCCCAUCUCCUGGGAACCCAGGGGACCAGCAGCAGCACCCACAACCCCUGCACGGCUACAGAACAGCAGAGCAUCCAGCAGAUGUGUCCGGGGGCUGCGCUCCACCCCAGCUGGUGGGCAUCCUGGGUGUCCCGCUGCCCCCACGUGGGUCCUGCCAGUCAGAGCAGGCUGACGCAGCCGGCCAGCAUCCGCAGGGGAACCCUGGGCACCCAGAUUCCAAGCCUGUGUCUAGAGGACGCUGUGCACAUUGUCUUUGUCAAGGACUUUCGGAUCCAUAGCUGUAGAAGUCGUAACCCCACAGCAGAGACCCGCCCGGCUCACCCUCCUGGGGCUGUAGCCGCUCUUGUUAGGUGGAAAUGUUGAGUGAGGUUCCAAGUGGGACUUUGAAAUCUAAUUCCUAGGUGGAUGCGAUACUCACCAACCCGCUUGUCGGCGUUGAGAAAAGCAGCCUGUGUUUAUCCCUUUUUCCUUUUGCGUUGUUACUGUUAGGAUCGUCUAUAGUAAACACUACGCUUCCUCCUCACAGUGUCCUGCGCCCGGACCCUGAGUGCAGCGGUUAGGAGCGUGCCCGCUGGGCAGUCCCAGGAGGCAUGUGACAUCUCAGAAUUGCCCAUGACCGUGGUCAUUUGGGAGUCAAUCUUGGAAUAUUCCCAGUGAGGGUCUCCCAGAGACCUGUGAAGCCGCAGGAAGGGACAGGGCCUCCACGCCCUGGGGCUCGGGAGAAGUCCCUGGGCAGGUUGCCGGCCGACCGCCCACUCGGCCCCCACUUCUCCACGCACUGUCGAAACCACGCCUGUUCUGCUUCACUCCAGGGGAACCAACGCUGCCGGUUGCAUUAUCCGCACACCUGGUUUCCAGACUGGAGAAUGAGCGAGUCUUGGGUCAACCCGAGAAUCGGUGGCUGUCUCCGCAGUUGAGGGUGAGGGUUUAACAGGUGCUGCAUGGAAGCAAAUGGAGAGGAGCAGCCGGGACCGCCUACUAGGUCCUUCCUGUUCCUGCUUUGUUCACAUCUGAUCAGAGGCAGGGGCUUUGAGCUCCACCUUCAAAUUUCAUUUAUUGAGAUCCCGGGCUUUUUUCUAGAGGCCUGGGAAACGUGGGCUUUUUUAUAUAUGGUCCCAGACUUGCUUGUCUUUGGUUUAGUUGUCCAUGAGAGUGCUGGCUUUAUUCUGUCAGGUUGAAAUUAUUUUUUCUGUAUUAAGUUGGAAUUAUUUAAGGACAUGAGGUUUAUUUAUGUUACUACUGGAAGGAAGAAGGAACAUUGGUCAGAAAUAAUUUACUAAUCUUCAGUAAGGCAUAAAGUGGUCACAGGGGCCAUUCUACCCAGUAGAAGAUUAUUUAGGAUAAAGUAUUUAUUGCUGCCUUAACCCUUUGGGAUAAAGCAUGGGAUAAAAUGAUAAAGGCCAUUUUAAAAUCAGAGGGUACAUGAACAGUUUUCUUACUUCUAAAUCAAAACCUUUUAAUAAAAAUUGUUGAAAUUCA